GGACGGGUUGCGCUGAUGGCUGUUUCUCUUCAGCAGGCGGUUCCGGCAAAGGGGGAGACGAAGCAGGACCGCUGCCUGAGAGCUGAGCUGCUGAGAGAAGAGACUCCUAUGGCGGCGGACGAGGGCUCAGCUGAGAAGCAGGGUGGGGAGGCCCACGCGGCUGCGGACGGCGAGGCCAAUGGGUCCUGUGACAAGAGCGAUGCCAACAGUCACCCAAACGCAGUGAAGCUCACUCAGGAAGGCACGAAAGUCGGCCCCCAGGAAGGUGCCAGCCCGGCGGCUCGAAUCGCGGAAAAUGGGAUUUCAGACAGAGACCCUGAGCUGGGGAAGCCCAACCACGUUCGCGCCGACGGCUUUGCUCAGACCUCCAGCGUUGGCAGCAACGGCUACUUCCUUGGCAAGGCCUCCCUGUCGGAGCAGUCGCUGCGGGGCACCAGCACCUUGGCCUCCUCCCUUCCCGGGCACGCGGCGAAGACCCUUCCCGGCGCCAGCAAAGGGAGGACUCCCAGCGCCUUUUGUCAGCCGCCAGCCGCGGCGCCGGCUCCGCUCGGGGAGGGGAGCAAGGAGGCGGAGGACAGGGGGGCUCCGGCCCCAGGCGCCGACGUCAAGGUGCACCGGGCACGGAAGACCAUGCCGAAGUCCAGUCUGGGCCUGCAUGCGGCUGCCAAGGAUCCCAGGGACAGUCGAGAUGCCCGAGACCCGGAGGAGCUGAGAGAGGAGACGGGCAGAAACGCCCCUGAGUUUGGUCGGCAGCAGCUUUUACCCCCCUUCCCUGCCCUUCACCAGUCACUACCUCAGAACCAGUGCUACGUGGCCACCACGAAGUCACAGACAGCAGCUGCAGUAUCUCGGAAGAAAAAACGAAGAAUGGGAACCUAUAGCCUGGUUCCUAAGAAAAAGACCAAAGUGUUAAAACAGAGGACGGUGAUUGAGAUGUUUAAGAGCAUAACUCAUUCCACUGCGGGCGCCAAGGGCGAGAAGGACCUGGGCGAUGGCGCCCUCCACGUGAACGGGGAGAGCCUGGAGAUGGACUCAGAGGAGGACGACUCGGAGGAGCUAGAUGAGGAUGAGGAGCCAGGCGCCCCGCCGGCCGUGUUCCCCGUGGAGGACGGCAGGACCUCUCAGGACAGCGUGCUGGAGCCUGACCGCCCCCAGAAGACGGACGGGGAAUCGGAAGAGGAGCAGGAGUCGGCCGGCACCGGGGAGGAGGAGGAGGACGGAGACGAGUCGGACCUGAGUUCUGAAUCCAGCAUCAAGAAGAAGUUUCUCAAGAGGAAAGGGAAGCCUGACAGCCCCUGGAUCAAGCCGGCCAGGAAGAGGCGGCGGCGGAGCAGAAAGAAGCCCUGCCCAGUGCUAGGUGCUGAAGCCUAUGCGUCGUCUUCGGGGAGCGUGGAGCCGACGGCACCAGGAGACGGCUCGGGAUACAUGGAGGUGUCCCUGGACUCCUUGGAUCUCCGUGUCAAGGGGACACUGCCCGCAGAAGCAGAAGGGCUGGCCAACGGUCCCGACGUGGGGGAGACGGACGGCCUCCAGGAGGUGCCCCUCUGCAGCUGCCGGAUGGAAACCCCGAAAAGCCGAGAGAUCACCACUCUGGCCAACAACCAGUGCAUGGCCACCGAGAGCGUGGACCACGAACUGGGCAGGUGCACAAACAGCGUGGUCAAGCACGAGCUGAUGCGCCCGUCCAGCAAGGCGCCGCUCCUGGUGCUGUGUGAGGACCACCGUGGCCGCAUGGUGAAGCACCAGUGCUGCCCCGGCUGCGGCUACUUCUGCACAGCGGGUAACUUCAUGGAAUGUCAGCCUGAGAGCAGCGUCUCUCACCGUUUCCACAAAGACUGUGCCUCUCGAGUGAACAAUGCCAGCUACUGUCCGCACUGUGGAGAGGAGACCUCCAAGGCCAAAGAGGUGACCGUCGCAAAGGCAGACACAACCUCCACCGCGAUGCUGGUCCCCGGGCAGGAGAGGAGCCCUGCACCGGAGGGCAGGGCCGACACCACUACGGGCAGCACUGCUGGAGCCCCGCUCUCAGAGGACGACAAGCUGCCCGGUGCCGGCCCCCCCGGGCCCGAGGGCCUCGACCCUACUGGGCCGGCCGGGCUGGGGAAGCCGGCCCCCGGGAAGGAGACCCUGGAGAGCGCGCUCAUCGCCCUGGACUCGGAGAAACCCAAGAAGCUCCGCUUCCACCCGAAGCAGCUGUACUUCUCGGCGCGGCAGGGGGAGGUGCAGAAGGUGCUGCUCAUGCUGGUCGACGGCAUUGACCCCAACUUCAAGAUGGAGCACCAGAACAAGCGAUCCCCCCUGCACGCCGCGGCGGAGGCCGGCCACGUGGACAUCUGCCACAUGCUGAUCCAGGCGGGCGCCAAUAUCGACACCUGCUCAGAGGACCAGAGGACCCCGCUGAUGGAGGCAGCCGAGAACAACCACUUAGACGCGGUGAAGUACCUCAUCAAGGCCGGGGCCCUCGCAGACCCUAAGGACGCAGAGGGCUCUACCUGCCUGCACCUGGCUGCCAAGAAAGGCCACUAUGAGGUGGUGCAGUAUCUGCUUUCAAAUGGACAGAUGGACGUCAACUGUCAGGUAAAGCCUCGCCUUCCCCUGCGGCACUCACAAGACGGUCUGGCCACAGGGCUCCCUUGGCGGCAGUCCUGGCCUCAGCCGCCAUCCACGGCCUCCCCACUGAGGUCCUGGGAGGCCUGGCCUUGUCCCCCCACCCUCCUGGCCUGCCCACUGGCUGCUCUGCAGACUCACAUACUCAGACUCUGUGCUGCUGGUGUCUGCCUGGGCCACCUGGUGUCCCUGAGGCCUGUGUUCAGAUGCUGCUCCCUGCAGCAGGACACCCUCCCAGCCCCCAGUCUUCCUUCCUGGUCCCAGCCAUCGGCUGAUAGUGCACCUCUCCCCGGGACCUGCCUCUCGUCUGCCUGUGUCUCCACCACUGCUGGGCCCCAGGGUGGGCUUGGUGUGGCCUCGGUGUGGCCUCAGAGCCUGGUGUGGGGCAGGGCCUGUUGUCACUUUUAUAAUGAAAACAAGAUAAAACAACAGUCUUGGUGCCGCAUGUGCCCUGGCCUCACGCGCCCACUGUCUUUUGCGCAGGAGGAGAACAUCUGCCUGCACUGGGCGGCCUUCUCGGGCUGCGUGGACAUCGCCGAGAUCCUACUGGCCGCCAGGUGUGACCUCCAUGCCGUGAACAUCCACGGUGACUCGCCACUGCACAUCGCUGCCCGGGAGGACCGCUACGCCUGCGUCGUCCUCUUCCUUUCGCGAGACUCCGACGUCACCCUGAAGAACAAGGAGGGGGAGACGCCACUGCAGUGCGCCAGCCUCCACUCGCAGGUGUGGAGCGCCCUGCAGAUGAGCCAGGCACUCCGUGACGCUGCCCCCGACCGGCCUGCCCCGGUGGAGAAGAUGGUGAGCAGAGACAUCGCUCGGGGUUACGAGCGAAUCCCUAUCCCAUGUGUCAACGCCGUGGACAGCGAGCCGUGCCCCAGCAACUACAAGUACGUGUCUCAGAACUGCGUGACGUCCCCCAUGAAUAUCGACAGGAACAUCACCCACCUUCAGUACUGCGUGUGCAUCGACGACUGCUCCUCCAGCAACUGCAUGUGCGGCCAGCUCAGCAUGCGCUGCUGGUACGGCAAGGACGGCCGGCUGCUGCCCGAGUUCAACAUGGCCGAGCCACCCCUGCUCUUUGAGUGCAACCACGCCUGCUCCUGCUGGAGGACCUGCCGGAACCGCGUAGUGCAGAACGGCCUCAGGGCGAGGCUGCAGCUCUACCGGACGCAGAACAUGGGCUGGGGCGUGCGGUCCCUGCAGGACAUCCCACUGGGCACCUUUGUGUGCGAGUACGUCGGGGAGCUCAUCUCUGACUCGGAAGCGGACGUGCGGGAAGAGGACUCGUACCUCUUUGACCUUGACAACAAGGAUGGGGAGCUGUACUGCAUCGACGCCCGCUUCUAUGGCAACGUCAGCCGUUUCAUCAACCACCACUGCGAGCCCAACCUGGUGCCCGUGCGCGUCUUCAUGUCCCACCAGGACCUGCGCUUCCCCCGCAUUGCCUUCUUCAGCACCCGCCUCAUCCAGGCCGGCGAGCAGCUGGGGUUUGACUACGGGGAGCGCUUCUGGGACAUCAAGGGCAAGCUGUUCAGCUGCCGCUGCGGCUCCCCCAAGUGCCGGCACUCCAGCACGGCCCUGGCCCAGCGGCAGGCGGGCGCCGCCCAGGGGGCCCAGGAGGACGGGCUGCCCGACACCAGCUCCUCCACCGCCGAUCCCCUCUGAGACCCCGUGGCCCAGAGCGGAUGCUGUCCUGCUACACUGAGGAACAGAGGAGAAGCCACCUGAGGGCCCCGACCUGGCCCAGAGCAGGCGGGCGGGGCUAGAGCAGGUGCCGAGGAGCCUCUGGGACUCUGCACCGGUGCCCCUGCGAGUUCCUGAUGGUGGUUUUGUCAUUUCCCUCUCUCCGUCUGCCCAACUCCUCCGUGGGGCCCCACCAAAGCCACCGUCACCUGCCAGCUGCUCCAUUCGACCUGCCCGCCCGCAGCCCACCUGGCCGGUGCUGGCUCCCAGCUCCCGGCGUGGCACAGACACCAUCCUCACCGCAAUCUGAGAGGUCAGGGCCAAGCUGCCACUGACUUUGGAGAAAAUUUGGGUUUGCUUUUUAAAGAAAUCCUGUAUCUAGUCCUGUAUCUCAGACCUCUAACACGUUUCUUUCCGAGGAAGCAGUUUGGUGGGUGCCAGAGGGCGCCGCAGCCCACGGAGGCCCUGCACCUGCCCCGCCAGCGCCAUGAGGCCGGCACCUUCUGUCGAUUUCUAAGCCACAUGCUAUGAUGAUGAAUAAACUGAUUUAUUUUCUACCAUUACUGAACAUUAGGACAAACAAAAAAUAAAAACACAAAAUAGACAAUGGUGCUGAUUCUGGUGUGGUUUCUACUCACCAUGUGAAAAUAACUAUCAACUGUAUAAAGAGAACAAAGUGAUUUUAGAAUAAAAUGCAGGAAAAAACUUUUUUAAAAUGUUAGUCUUGUAGUGUGAAUAAAUCUGCCAUCACCUUUUGUGCGAUGGCCUGCCAGGUCACAUACUUUUUUUUGGCAUAUACUUUUUUAAAUACUGUAAUCAGUGCAGUAACAGUGGGUUUUUUUGUGCGACUCUUCUAAAACAUUCAUAAUGCAGUCAUGUUUAUUUUUUCUGUUAAAAUGUUUUUGACAGUUCUAAGAGCAGUCUUUUGGCUCAGACCAUUUCUUGUUCUGUUUUCAAUGAAAUCAAUAAAAAAAGAAGUACUUUACUUGAGGUUUUUAUUA